UUUUGCUGCACGGCAAAAAAGAAACUAAACACGUUUGCCGUAAAUUUUUGUUUUCUAAAGACUUUAUAAAAAUUAAUUAAAACAAUGCGUAUAACACAGAUUUUACGUAGUAAGUUAAAGGAUUUUUCAAAUCUGCCAAAGGAAUAUAUUGAAAGAAGCAAAAGACAAGUUUAUUGGGAAACACCAAAAGCUGUCAAUUAUUUGCCUCGCACAAUUGAACGUAAGAAGUUCCGCUACACGACAAAUCGAUCAUGGACAGGUCAAUUCAGGCAACAAAAUUUGCCUAACACAAUCCGCAAGAAAGUGUUCAUGCAGCCCAUCGAGGAGUGGAGCUAUUUUCGUGGGGAUCGUGUAGAAGUACUUGUUGGUAAAGAUAAAGGCAAGCAAGGCAUUGUGACACAAGUUAUUCCUGAACGUAAUUGGGUGAUUGUCGAAGGUCUAAAUUGGCAUUACCGUCAAGUUGGUAAGGAUGAAGACUUUCCCGGCAUCAUUGUGAAAUCGGAGGCUCCAUUAGAUGUUGUGACUGGUAUAAGACUAGUAGAUCCUUCUGACUUGCAAGGUUGUGAGUUUGAAUGGCGUUUCACAGAGGAAGGUGAGCAGGUACGUGUCUCUAAGCGUACAGGCCGUUUGAUACCAAUACCAGAAAUGAAUAAUCAGACUCAUGAUUAUAAAUCGCCCGCAGCUUAUGUUGAACGUGAUAAAGAUACCAAAGCCGCCACUGUUGGAGAAAUCACAUUCACACCAAAAUUGUGUACCUUCGAAAUGGAUAUAAUGGAAGAAAUGGGCAUCAAAGAAGAUCGUGAAGCACACAAGAGUUACUGGUAUUAAACUCGUACAAAUGCAUAUUAAACGUUUUGUUGAAUGCAAUAAAUAGUUUGUGUAAUUUAAAUAUAAAUUUAUUAUGUAAAAACUGUUAACUAUAAUAAACACUUUUAAUGAUCUUAAUUUAAA